AAAUUGGGUUGUUUGUAUUGUGUGGAAGUAAUUAAUUAGAAGAGAGGAUAAUGCAGUCUGCAAUGGAGAAGCUGAGCAAUAUGGGAAGUGUUGCUAAAGAGAAGCUCAAAAUUUGUAGAGCCAAACUCGACGAGAAGGUAGAGAAAGCAUCAGUGAAGACGAGGGAGGAGAGGAAGAUUGCGGAGGAGAGAAGGAAGGCGGCGACAGCGGAGGCGAAGCGGGAGCUACACGAGGCCAAAGCCAGACAUGCUGCUCAAAAGCUGAGGAGUAAGAAGUCACAUGUACUUGGCGGCCAUUUACACCAUCACCCACCUAUGGAGGGCGCCGCCGCCACAAAUCUCGGCGCAGCAAAUGUUCCGGCGGCUUACCCUAUCCCCACCACGGAGGGGUACUAUCCCGGACAUAAAAUUUAACCUUUUAAGUUGUGUUUUUGGCUUAUUAGUGUUUGUAAAAUUUGUUGAUGUAAUUUUUUAAAUUAUUGGGUGUGUGCGUUGUGUAAAAUCUAAACCUAGGAAGUUCUAAAUAGGAACGGAGGAAAAUAUUGGUGCAUCUCUAUAGUCCAAAAAAUGCUGUCACGUGAAUUUUUUUUUUUUUUAAAAAAAAAAUUUAGGUGAAGUUUUUUGUGCAGUUUUAUUGUUCAUAGAAAUAAAUGUCUUAUUGGACACGUGGGAUGAGAUUUCCUAAUCAAAGUUUGAGGAUUAUGA